AUGUCAGAAAAUUGCCAAAGUGCACCUUUCACUGGGACAGAAUGUGCUCUGCAACCCUCUGUGCCUGUGCUGAGGAAUGCCACACCCUCAGCAGGAACUGUGUGCAAUUUCUAUGGGGUCUGCACCCCAGCUGUGAGCUCAGCAUGGCUCCUGUCAUCAGACUCCAGCACAUGCUGCCAGCAGCUCAUGGACAGUGCCUGUCUUUACCAACGAGCUGGCACGACCAUGCUGACUGAGCCAACUGACCAGAACCAGAUCUCUACUUCGACAUUUUCCUAUCCAGGUGUUCUCCACUGGGAUCUCAGAGAAAGCACCACCAGAAGGGAAGCUCCAUUCCUGGAUGCCCCUGUAACUGUCAUUGACCAGAAUACCACCCCCUCGUCUAGGUCUAUAACAGCCCAGUGUGACAAUACUUUCCAUAUCAAUGCAUUACCGCCAUCCUAUCCAACACUGUCUGCCUGCCUUGUACAGGCAACGCCAUCAAAUCUACCAGAUCAACGAUAUAUCCUGGCACCUUGCUACCUGGAUGGAAGUCAGGUCUAUUACAAUGACCAGAACAGCCUGGGUCCUCCGAUGGCUGAAGAAUUCUGGCAGUGCCUGCAGGCCUAUGGCUCUGUGUCCUGCUCUGGGAAUCAGGCUUCCUCUCAGCACCCAGGGAUGGUGAUGGCACUACAGGAGAUUCAGCCAAUGAACAUCCAAACACCUUUCUCCACCUGUCCCAUCUACUGGCCCACAUCUGCUCAAACCAUGCCAGACACCAGUCUUCAAGUGGUGGAGAGGGAGACAACCCUGGGGUUGACACCUUCAGGGCAGACACUGUGUCUGCUGCAGAGUCCAGACCUCGGCAAUGCCUGCACCCAGGAUGCCCAGAUGAAGACAGCACCUGUCAGUGGGAACAGGUCAUUAAUUGCCCUCAUGCACAGUCCUUCUGAAUUCCUGGCCUUGCCUCCAGCCCCAAGCCUGGAAAAGACACAGAAGAACAAUGCAGAUGAGAUGAAUGCUGAGCAAUCAACACCUCUGGAUUCCUAUGAGGGCACAAAAUGUAACCAAGACGCAUCACCCCUCCCUUCAGCAUACCCUGGCAUGCAGCAGCCCUUGAACUACAGUGAUGUUGGGAGCCUGAGGCAGAAGCUAGCUUCUCAAAAUGCCACUUUGGGAAACAGUAGCCUUGGUCUGGAAGACCCUGAGGCUCUGCAGAGUGUCAUGGAGUCUAGCAAUGACUUUGCAGACAUGACUACUCUGGUGGCAGAUAUUCACCUUCCCCAACUCUUAAACUUCAACACUGGCCUUGACCAAAUGGAAGAUCACACAGCAAGCCAAACCAAAGACUCCAAAGACAUCAGGAGGGACCAGGCCCAGUCACGCACCAGCAUCUUUAGUGGACUAUCUGAACUGGGCAUCAAGAAAAACCAGAAAGUCUCUGAUGUGUUUCAUGGAGCUCUUCAGGCCAGAACCCAUCACGAGGAUAUGCUGAAGGAAGAUGAUCCUGGAACCAUAGACAACACGGCCAACCACGUGCAGGGCAAAUCUCAGAUAUUUGUACCCAAGAGGCCCAGCGUAGCAAGGGCACAGGGGAAAGAAAAGGCCAAGGACACCAGAGGAAACAGCUCCAAGAAAACAGAGGAGCUGAAGCCAUCAAGUCACAGAGUCAAGGCAGAAGAGAAGCCCGCCAUCCCAAAGACCAAGAGGAAGAGGAAUCCACCUGAGCUCAGCCAUGACAGCUUUAAGAAGCCUCGAACUCACCUCGGCAUGCACAUGCUGGCGUCUGUGCAGGUCUUUCACCCACUGGGGAAGAAGAGUGAGAGGAAAACUGGCGUCUCCUCCUCCCGGGCUCUGCUGAACUUGAGCAGCAACAAAGAUCCCAGGACAGGCCCAACCGCCACAUCCCUGGGAGAUGCGCCCCGUGAGGGUCGAGGCCCUGGUAGAAUCCCGGGCAAUGCUCAGAGAACAGAGAGCAGUGCUCCCAAGCGGUGUCCAUCUCUGUGCCUGGAUGAGCUGUCCCCAGCUGGGAAGGUCAAAUUAGUACCUCUGCCUUUCCUAGCCCUGGACAAGCCUCAAGACAGACCUGUUUCCAGAAAGCUUCACUGCCUGGCUUCGCACAGGCCCACUACAGCUUACCCAGUGAGGUCUCAAUCCCACACUGCUAGGCAACCCAAACUCAAGUCAUCCCAACCAGCUCCUGCCAGCACAUCACUGAUGGCCUCUGACAAGUCGGCUCUGCCAGUUGCCACCAGUGCCACACGUCCAAUUAGAAGCAAGCCCAUCCAGUCUUGCCCUGGGCCUCAACCGCCUGCCUCUUUGCCUGCACCCUACAGAGCAUCAUCUCACACUUCACUCCACAGGGAGCCUCUUUCUUUUGCCACAAACAAGACCCUAGAUCCUCCCCAGCCUCAAUCCCAAUACCUGCGGCAAGAUUUCAGCCACUUACCAAUUCCUUGGAAGAAAGUCAACAUUCCGGGACCAGUCAUCUCACAGCCUAUCACUGAAGAGCAGAGGCCAGAGAGGGAGGCCAUGAAGAGGCGGGCUCAACAGGAGAGAGAGAAUGCUGCCAAGUGUACCUCUCUGGGAAAACCACAGCUUUUCCUUCAGAGGGAGAAAGAUAUGGAAAUUUCGAGAUAUUAUGGCUAUGCAGUGUAA